UUUCGCAAUCAGCUGAGGCGUCCAUUGGGCCUUUCUGUGUUUAAGAAACACCUAUGAAUCAGUGGAAAUUACCUGGAAUGGAGACCCUGGACCCUCCUUAGGCAAAUCUUAGCUGGAACUCUUUAAGCAAACAGUGUGCAGAAUAAAACUGAGGCCUGGGACAGGCUCUCAUCCUCGACUCGCGCUCACCUUCGGACCAGAGAGGAGGGAGGCCGGAGCACAUGGAGCACAGGCUGACCUGCAUUCUGGCCGUUGCCCUCCUGCUGACCCUCGGCACCCUGGCGCAGGAACCGACAGAGACGUGCACGAUGCUUCCCCGUGAAAGGCGGAACUGCGGCGAGCCCGGCAUCACGCCCGCGGUGUGUAGAAGCAGAGGCUGCUGUUUUGACAACACUGUUUCCGGAUUCCCGUGGUGUUUCCAUCCUUUGGAGCCUGAAAUUCCAGAAGAAGGCUUUCUGCUCUGUGACUCCUCCAUCGGGGUGUGGCCCCUCCAGGAUGACCACCCUGCCCGGCAGCAGCCUGUCCACACCCAGGGCCCUUCACCCCUGCGGAUCCAGCUGCCCCAUAGCUCCCAAUUCCAGCCCCUGUCUCCUCAGCUCGGGAAUGUAGAACAUUCCCAUGGAGGAGAAAGUGAAGGAUACCAGGCGUUUACUGAAAACGAGCUUGUUAUUGAAAAGCCCACGGAGGGGGGCGGGUCGGAGCCCGGCGGCGCGGCGGCGCCCGCCGAAACUGAAGGUGGUUCCGAGGCGGCGGUGCUCCGGGUCCGAGGGGCUCCAGCGAAACGGCGGCGGUGGCCCCCGAGGCCCCUGAGGGAACUGAGGACGAAGCCAAAGAGGGUUAUAAAGCGCGGCUCACGGUGCGGGGCUGCACCUUCUUCGGAGCUGCACCUUCUGGGGAGCCCUCAGGGUGAGGUCAGUGCCAACAUGAGACUUUGCAGCACCCCUCUGCUGGCAGCGCUCCUCGUCCUGGGGCUGUACAUGCUGGUGGCUGGCCAAAAGCCUUCUGCCUGCCGGUGCUCGCGCAUAACCCCCAAGAGCAGGAAGAACUGCGGCUUCCCGGGGAUCACCAGCGACCAGUGCUUCACCUCGGGGUGCUGCUUUGACUCCAGCGUGCGGGGGGUGCCCUGGUGCUUCACCCCACUUCCAGAGCAAGAGUCGGAGGAGUGCGUCAUGGAAGUGACGGAGCGCGAGGACUGCGGGUACCCGGGCAUCAGCUCCCAACUGUGCGCUGCGCGCAACUGCUGCUUCUCAGACACCACCCCGCAAGUGCCCUGGUGUUUCCACCCUCUCUCCGCGCAAGACUGUCAUUAUUAGAAGGUGCUGACUUCAGAAAGCCCUCUGGCUCGCCGGACAUUCUAAGGGGGAAGAAGGAAACACCAUCUUAUCCAGCUUCAUUCUUCAUGAUUCAAGAAUUCUGGGUUUUCUUAAUCUCCUUUUUAUUCUUUUCAGUGGUUUAAUGUACAAUUUCUUCAAAUAAAGAAAACCUUUAAAAUCUGCUAAA